ACAGACGCUGCAGCUGCGGUGGGGGAAGGGGUCGCUCAAGUUGACGGGACCGCCAUCUUGAAAAGUACACUCGGCUAUCCAACCGUUUCGCGCCUGACAGAAUCAGUUUUAAACGCUUUAUUUUCCUUGCGGGGAUUUUUUUUGUCCUGUUUCUGCGUUCGUUUUUUAAGGCCCAGUGCUAAUGGCGGGAUAAACCACAUAACCAAGACCCGGCUCUCCCCGCUGUCAGUCGUUUUUUCUGUUCCUGGUGUCUCCUGCUCGUUCAUCUGCUUACCCUGGAAUGGGCCACAACUCUGAAGGACUAGAUCACAUCUCUUUAUAAUCUGAGCUCCACUGUCUGGACUCCAACUCAAACAAAGAGCCAACAUGUUUUGGAAAUUUGACCUCCACACCACGUCCCACAUUGACACGCUUCUAGAGAAGGAAGAUGUGACUCUCACAGAGGUGAUGGACGAGGACGACGUCUUGCAGGAGUGCAAGGCUCAGAACCACAAGUUGGUUGACUUCCUGUUGAGACCGCAGUGCAUGGAGGACCUGGUCACCUUCAUCACACAGGAGCCUAGUGCUGAUGUUGAAGAGAAGGUUAAAUACAAGUAUCCCAAUAUUUCAUGCGAGCUGUUAACAUCAGAUGUGAGCCAGAUUAAUGACAGACUGGGAGAAGAUGAGAAUCUGCUCAUGAAGCUCUACGGUUUCCUCAAAAAUAAUCCACCUCUCAAUCCACUCCUAGCCAGCUUUUUCUCCAAAGUCCUGUCAAUUCUUAUUGGACGCAAGCCUGACCAGAUAGUGAAUUUUCUGAGGAAGAGGGAGGACUUUGUAGAUUUGAUGAUCAAACACAUCGGGACAUCGGCCAUCAUGGACCUGUUGCUUCGAAUGCUCACGUGCAUUGAACCACAGCAGCUGCGACAGGAUGUUUUAAACUGGCUGAACGAGGAGAAGGUGAUUCAGAGACUAGUCGACAUGGUACAGCCUUCUCAAGAUGAAGAUAAACACUCGAAUGCUUCUCAGUCCUUGUGUGAGAUCAUCAGACUGAGCAGAGACCAGAUGUUUCAGGUCCAAGGUUACUCAGACCCUGACCCUCUGCUGGCCACACUUGAGAAGCAGGAGACGGUGGAGCAGCUGCUCUCUAAUAUUUUUGAAAAGGAGAAGAAUGAGUCUGCAAUUGUCAGUGUGAUUCAGAUUCUGCUCACCUUGUUUGAAACAAGAAGACCAGCGUUCGAGGGUCAUAUGGAAGGUCCUCCUGGGAUGUCCCACUCUUCAUUCUCAGUCAACCACAGCAUCCUGGAGGCUGUGAGACCUCGUCUCAAAGACUUUCACCAGCUGCUACUUGAACCCCCCAUGAAAAUUGUUAUGAAAACUACUUGGGGUGUGCUCGACCCACCCGUGGGCAACACUAGGCUGAACGUGGUCCGACUAGUCGCGAGUCUGUUGCAGUGCAACACUCACAGCAUCAACACAGAACUCAUAAACCUCAACACACUGGGAAUUGUACUAGAUAUGUAUUUCAAAUACAUCUGGAACAACUUCCUCCAUAUUCAGGUGGAAAUCUGCACCGCAAUGAUUCUAGCGAUGCCUCCUGCUCCCGUAGAAAGCCAAGCAGAGGGAGAGCAACACGUGAGAGAGAGCGCUCUCAUCCAACAUCUCUUUCAGAAGUGCCAGUUAAUCCAAAGAAUCGUUGACGCCUGGCACUCCAAUGAAAAAGAGCAGGCAGAAGGCGGUCGGCGACGAGGCUACAUGGGUCACCUCACCAGAAUAGCCAACUCUAUAGUUCAUAACAGUGAGAAAGGCCCGAACGGACCGCAGAUCCAGCAGCUCCUCUCUGAACUACCCUCAGAGGCCAGAGAGAAGUGGGAGGCGUUAAUUUCUGGGCAGCUUGCCGACACAAACAAACGAAACACCGUCGACCUGGUGAACACGCAUCACAUCCAUUCUUCCAGCGAUGAUGAGGUGGACUUUAAAGAUGGUGGUUUUCACCAAGACUCCUCGCUUCAACAGGCCUUUUCUGAUUAUCAGAUGCAACAAAUGACGUCCAAUUUUAUUGAGCAGUUCGGCUUCAAUGAUGAAGAGUUUGCUGACCAGGACGACGUUGUGGAGUGA